AUGACCGGCUAUCAUACACAGCAGACACCGGGUUUACAGGUUCCGCAACAAACCAACCAAGUACCGCAGCCCACCGGCCAAACCUCGUCGCAAAUAGCACAGUCGUUCCAAAACGUCCCGGGACAGACCCCCGCUGCUCCACCACGAAAUGCGCAUGCCGGGUCGAAGAUACCGCCUAUGCGACUCUCUUUUAUCACGGUGCAGGAUCAGGCGAAGUUUGAACAGCUUUUCAAGUUUGCUGUGGGGGAUUCCCAGUCUUUGGAUGGUGAAACUGCGAGAGAUCUACUUUUAAGAUCCAAGCUGCCAGGCAGCGAGCUCUCCAAGAUAUGGAUGCUUUCGGACACUACCAAGUCAGGACGCCUCAUGUUCCCCGAGUUUGCGCUGGCGAUGUACCUCUGCAAUCUCCGAAUAACUGGACGCGAUCUCCCGUCGUCUCUCCCUGACCGGAUCAAGAACGAGGUCUCGGGCAUGGUCGAUAUUAUAUCCUUUGCUGUGCCAGACGAUCAGCCAGCGCCGGCCGCCCCGCGAUCGAACGCUCCCAAUUUCGAUCAGCCAUUAAUGCAGAAUACUUCUGCUCCUCCCGCACCACAACAGCCGCAGCCCCAGCAGGCCUCUAACUCGCAGCUCCUCUCACAAUUAACUGCCCAGCCAACGGGUUUCUACAACCAGGCAACAGGGUUUCAGCCGCAGAACGCCAUGCAGCCCCAACCCACGGGAUACCCAGGUGGCCUACGACCGCAACAAACGGGCAUGCCACCGAAUCCUCAAGCUACAGGGUAUUCGGGUCCACGGCCACCAAUGCCUCCGAUGCCAACUGGAUUCGCCUCCGGUCUAGCUCCUGCGCCCUUAACCGCCCAACCGACGGGAAUGCCUGGCCAGUGGGGAUUUGUCAAUGCACCGGCAACUGGAUUACCGAAUAUUGAAGCCUUGCAACAGAGACUCAUGCCGCAAGCAGGCAGGGAAGGCGGAUUUACUACUGCAGGCCUUUCUGGGAAUGCUACGAUUCCAUGGGCCGUAACCAAGGACGAGAAAAGGAUUUACGACGAACUAUUCCGUGCGUGGGAUGGUCUAGGAAAGGGGUUUAUCGGCGGAGACGUUGCUAUUGAGAUUAUGGGCCAAAGUGGACUGGAUCGCCAACAUCUUGAACAAAUCUGGACUCUUUCAGAUCCCAAUAAUAGAGGUCGUUUGAACAAAGACGAGUUUGCCGUGGCCAUGCAUCUCAUUUACAGAAAACUCAACGGCUAUCCUAUUCCAAACAGACUUCCCCCAGAACUAGUGCCGCCUUCCACUCGCAACCUCAACGACUCAAUUGGGGCCGUCAAGUCGAUGCUCUCCCAGGAUGCGGAGGCUAGGAAAUCUUCCGGCGCGUUCUUGCAGCCACAAAAGACUGGUGUCAGUUAUUUGAAGACACACUCUUUUAAUUCAGGUUCAGGUGGCGCUGGAUACGGCAGGAAAGAUGCUACCGUUUUCAAGAACAAUGAUGAUGCCGUUGGCUACAAGUCUAGUGCUCGUCGUCGCAUUGGAGCUGGCCGUACCCCGUCGCCCUCCUCGUCUGUGCAGUCGGAGAGGUCAGAAGAUGACUUAUCCGUUGAGCAAUUGAAGAAGAAAAUCCGCGAAACCAAAAUCAUGCUUGAUGCCACUGAUUUCAGGGACGAGAGCCAUGCCGAAGAGGAGCAGGCACUUGAUCGCAGGGAUAGAAGGGAGGCAGAGUCGCUUAUGGAUAGAAUCAGACGGGUACAGGACGACAUCGAUACUGACCCGAAAGCUUCAUUCAGAAACGUGGACUCUAGCGCUGAGCGUCGCUCCAUGCGUCGUCAACUUCAGUCUUACCAGGAUCAACUACCUGAAUUGGCUUCUAACGUUCGUAAGGCCGAGCGGGCUAUCGCAGAUUGCAAGCUUGAGCUCUUCAGAUUGAAGGAUGCCAAGGAAAAUCCAGGAAGUGCCCUGGAUAUCAUUGGUACCGGACCAGGCGGCGCAAUCACUGAGAGCGAUCGUAUCAAAGCUCGUGCUCGCGCAAGAAUGCAAGCUAGGGCUGCAGAAUUAGCAGGUCGACCAGCCCCUGCUGCUGCUGAUGAAGGUGCCGCUGCUCGCAGAUUGGAAGAGGAGAGAAGCAAAGUUAACGCUGAGCGUGAGCGUAACGAGGCCAUGACCAAAGAUGUUGAGGAGAGUGUCAAGGAGUUCUCAGCUAGUCUUGAGGACAGUCUUAAAGGAGAGGAUGAGAAUUCUACUCGCGAACAUGAACGACGACGCUGGGAGGAGGCCCUUGGGGUUGAGGAUCAAAUUAGAGACCUCAUUUAUGACCUUCAACGCAAUCGUAAGACUGCAAAGGUUAGAAAGGAAGAGGAGCAAUCCAGCCGUGGAAUGGGCGGCUCAAACCAAUACGCAAACUCCUCUGAUACCCUGCCGAAACCUAGCCCCGAACCCCGUUCUUCAUCUCAAUCGCCGUCGCUCGCUGGAUCUACACACGAGCAGCGGGUGGCAGCCGCCAGGGAGCGAGCUCAACGUCGUAUUGCCGAACGAAUGGCUGCUGCUGGGCUCAAGCCUGCAGAUGCCGGUGAGUCCUUCAUGGAACGACAAGAGCGUGAGAAGAAAGAAAGAGAAGAAAGGCUUCAGCGUGCCGAGGAAGAGGAUGCUAAGCGUGAGCAAGAAAGGCUAAGGAGGCUGGAGAACGAGCAAGCCCCUGCACCUCCACCAGCUAAGGGUGGACCAAAGAAGGCACCACCGCCUCCUCCAUCCCGAAAGGUCAGGUCAGAUUCCUCGGAGCAAAACGAUACGAGAAAAGCCGAGGAGGAGGCUCUGGCUUUCAGAGCUAAAGAAGAGCAAGAAGCCGCCCUUAGACAAGAACAACAGGCUCAGGAGGCAGAGACAGAGCAGCUAGAAGAUGAAACAAGGAGGCAAGAGGAAGCUCUCGCACGCGAGAAGGAAGCGGCUCAGGCCCGACUAAAGGCAUUGGAAGAGCAAGUCCGCCAGGGCAAGAUCAAGAAACAGGAGCAGAAGCGCCGUAAACAGCAGGCUGAGCAAGAAGCAAAGGAGAAAGAGGCUAAACUUGCAGCCCAACGAGCUGAGUUGGAAGCCGCUCAAGAAAGAGAACGUGAACUGCAACGACAGUUGGAGAACCUUGGAGACGAAGAAUCUUCUUCCGACGAAGAUGGGCCCGAGUUUAUCACACCUCAGGAUACCACGCCUACCCAAAGCCAAGUUUUCGAGCAACCAAGGGCUUCUAUUCCACCUCCUCCCACUGCAGCGCCUCCAGUACCUAUUCCUACUAUCAGGCACGAGGAGUAUCCAGAGGAACCGAUCCGAGUUCAAUCUCCUGAUCCUGUCGUUGAGCCAGUAAUGACAAAGGCCAUCCCUGAAACGGAGUCAAGGAACCCCUAUUUCCGCCAACUAAGCCAGUCAUCCGAGUCCCAUGCUCCUGAACCGCCAGCACAAGCAGCCCAAGACUCCCAAUCCACCAACCCAUUCCACCGCCUUGCUCAAGAUAACGCUAAAUCAGCAUUUGCAACAGGCGACGCCACUCUUCCUGGACCUCUCGAACGUAAAUCGCGAGCUCGCCCUGAGGAGGACGACGACUGGUCUGUGGCUGAAUCAGAUAACGAGUCUGAUGACGAUGAUGACCGAGUGGGCGGUGGAAGCGCUAAGCAGCUUGCCAGCAUCCUCUUCGGCACCAUGGCGCCACCACGUCCUCUAAGCGCAAUGGAUGAACCCCAAGAAUCCAAGACUCCCACGCCACCAGUCGCUCAAAGCCCAGUAGCCCCUCCUCCUGCACCUCCAAUGCCUGCUCCCCCACUGCCCACUGAGCAAGCACAGGAAGAGACACAAGAAGCUCCGUCAAUGCCUCCGCCCGCACCUCCACUCCCAGAUAUGGGCCCUCCAACUUCCGCGCCACCACCUCCACCAGGUGCCGCUCCGCCGCCUCCUCCGCCUCCUCCACCACCACCUCCGCCACCAGCCCCUGGCCCUGGCGCAGGUGGUCCACCAGGCAUGGGACGAGGUGCUUUGCUAGGAGAUAUCCAGGCAGGGAGGGCGCUGAGGAAAGUAACCACCAAAGACCGAAGCACUGCAAGCUCUGCCGGACGUGUGUUGUAA